UUAGAUUGGCCGCCGGUGACGGGUGGCCGUGCUGGGGGCGGGAGGGUUUCUGUGGUAGGAAGGGAGGUCCGCUCGGUCGGGCACACCGCCCCAGUGCUCUGUGGGAUACUGGAAGUCUCGAGUGUCUCCUCCUGGUUCCCAGCCCUCCUCUGGCCUGCACUCAUAGAAACAGACACACACCCCCUGACUCCCCGCUCUUCCCUCUCCGCCUCCCCCUCCCCCCCCUCGCGAUAAGAAGACCCGGCGGCAGGAGAGGGGAUGAAGAUGGCGGACGCGAAGCAGAAGCGGAACGAGCAGCUGAAGCGCUGGAUCGGCUCGGAGACCGACCUCGAGCCUCCCGUGGUGAAGCGCCAGAAGACCAAGGUGAAGUUCGACGAUGGCGCCGUCUUCCUGGCUGCUUGCUCCAGCGGCGACACGGACGAGGUUCUCAAGCUGCUGCACCGCGGCGCCGACAUCAAUUACGCCAAUGUGGACGGACUUACUGCCCUCCAUCAGGCCUGCAUUGAUGACAAUGUUGAUAUGGUGAAGUUUCUGGUAGAAAAUGGAGCAAAUAUCAAUCAACCUGAUAAUGAAGGCUGGAUACCACUACAUGCAGCUGCUUCCUGUGGAUAUCUUGAUAUUGCAGAGUUUUUGAUUGGUCAGGGAGCACAUGUUGGUGCUGUCAACAGUGAAGGAGAUACACCUUUAGAUAUUGCAGAGGAGGAAGCAAUGGAAGAACUACUUCAAAAUGAAGUUAAUCGGCAAGGGGUUGAUAUAGAGGCAGCUCGAAAGGAAGAAGAACGAAUAAUGCUUAGAGAUGCAAGGCAGUGGUUAAAUAGUGGUCAUAUAAAUGAUGUACGGCAUGCAAAAUCUGGAGGUACAGCGCUUCAUGUUGCAGCCGCUAAGGGCUAUACAGAAGUUUUAAAACUUUUAAUACAGGCAGGCUAUGAUGUUAAUAUUAAAGAUUAUGAUGGCUGGACACCUCUUCAUGCUGCAGCUCACUGGGGUAAAGAAGAAGCAUGUCGAAUUUUAGUGGACAAUCUGUGUGAUAUGGAGAUGGUCAACAAAGUGGGCCAGACAGCCUUUGAUGUAGCAGAUGAAGACAUUUUAGGAUAUUUAGAAGAGUUACAAAAGAAACAAAAUCUGCUCCAUAGUGAAAAACGGGAUAAGAAAUCUCCACUAAUAGAAUCAACAGCAAAUAUGGAAAACAAUCAGUCACAGAAGACUUUUAAAAACAAAGAGACUUUGAUUAUUGAGCCAGAGAAAAAUGCAUCCCGUAUUGAAUCUCUGGAACAGGAAAAGGUUGAUGAAGAAGAAGAAGGAAAGAAAGAUGAAUCUAGUUGUUCCAGUGAAGAAGAUGAAGAAGAUGACUCAGAAUCAGAAGCUGAAACAGAUAAGACAAAACCUGUGACUUCUGUAACUACUGCCAACACUUCUAGUACACAAGCAGCUCCUAUAGCUGUUACAACACCUACUCUGUCAUCAAGUCAGGCAACACCCACAUCACCUAUUAAAAAGUUUCCAACUUCAACUACAAAAAUUUCUCCCAAAGAAGAAGAGAGAAAAGAUGAAUCUCCUGCAUCUUGGAGGUUAGGACUUAGAAAGACUGGCAGUUAUGGUGCACUUGCUGAAAUCACAGCAUCUAAAGAGACUCAGAAAGAAAAAGACACUGCAGGUGUUAUACGUUCAGCUUCAAGUCCCAGACUUUCCUCCUCUUUGGAUAAUAAAGAAAAGGAGAGAGAGAGUAAAGGAGCAAGGCUUGCAUAUGUUGCACCUACUAUACCAAGACGUCUAGCUAGCACAUCUGACAUUGAAGAGAAAGAAAACAGAGACUCUUUGAGUUUGCGAACAAGUAGCUCUUAUACAAGAAGAAAAUGGGAAGAUGAUCUUAAAAAAAACAGCUCAAUUAAUGAAGGAUCAACUUAUCAUAAAAGUUGCUCCUUUGGUAGAAGACAAGAUGAUUUGAUUAGUUCUAGUGUUCCAAGCACCACAUCAACACCAACAGUUACCUCUGCAGCUGGGCUUCAGAAAAGCCUGCUUUCCAGCACAAGCACUACUACAAAGAUUACAACGGGUUCUUCCUCAGCAGGCACACAAAGCAGUACCUCAAAUCGUUUGUGGGCUGAUGAUAGUACUGAAAAAGAAAAGGACAGUGUUCCUACGGCAGUGACCAUUCCUGUUGCUCCAACUGUUGUAAAUGCUGCAGCUUCUACCACAACCCUGACUACAACUACUGCUGGCACUGUCUCCUCCACAUCAGAGGUCAGGGAGAGACGCAGAUCAUACCUCACUCCUGUUAGAGAUGAAGAAUCUGAAUCCCAAAGAAAAGCAAGAUCUAGACAAGCAAGACAGUCUAGAAGAUCAACACAGGGGGUGACAUUGACUGAUCUUCAGGAAGCUGAAAAAACUAUAGGAAGAAGUCGUUCUACCAGAACCAGAGAGCAAGAAAAUGAAGAAAAAGAAAAGGAGGAAAAAGAAAAACAGGAUAAGGAGAAACAAGAAGAAAAGAAGGAGUCAGAAACAUCUAGAGAAGAUGAAUAUAAGCAAAAAUACUCUAGAACAUAUGAUGAGACUUUUCCACGUUAUAGACCAGUGUCAACUUCAAGUUCAACCACUGCAUCCUCUGCCCUUCCUACAAUGACCAGUUCACUCUAUGCUUCAAGUCAACUAAACAGGCCAAAUAGUCUUGUAGGUAUAACUUCUGCUUACUCCAGAGGAUUAACUAAAGAAAAUGAAAGAGAGGGAGAAAAAAAAGAAGAGGAGAAGGAAGGUGAAGAUAAAUCACAGCCUAAAUCCAUCAGAGAACGACGGAGACCAAGAGAGAAAAGAAGAUCUACGGGAGUGUCUUUUUGGACACAAGAUAGUGAUGAAAAUGAACAAGAACAACAAUCAGAUACAGAAGAAGGAUCCAAUAAAAAAGAAACUCAGACGGAUUCCAUUUCUAGAUACGAAACCAGUUCCACUUCAGCUAGUGAUCGGUAUGAUUCCUUGCUGGGUCGCUCCGGAUCGUAUAGUUACUUAGAAGAAAGAAAACCAUAUAGUAGCAGGCUAGAAAAGGACGACUCAACUGACUUUAAAAAGCUUUAUGAACAAAUUUUAGCUGAAAAUGAAAAGUUGAAGGCACAGCUACAUGAUACAAAUAUGGAAUUAACAGAUCUUAAAUUGCAGUUGGAAAAGGCCACCCAGAGACAAGAAAGAUUUGCUGAUAGGUCACUAUUGGAAAUGGAAAAAAGGGUGACCGGCAAGAGUCAGUAUCUUCUGGGCGGAACGAAGAGCUCUAGAAAGAAGAAUAUCUGAAAUGGAAGAAGAACUCAAAAUGUUACCAGACCUAAAAGCAGACAACCAGAGACUAAAGGAUGAAAAUGGGGCCUUGAUCAGAGUUAUAAGCAAACUUUCCAAAUAGAAAACAAACAAACAACACAGCAGGAAUUGCACAUAUUAAUAACCCAGUGGACCAUAAUUGGCAGUCACUGGAAGCCUGGGAAGAAUCCUUUGGAGACUGUCAUUUUUGGAUAUCCUGCCAAAUGCCCUCUUAUCUAGGAUUUUUGUUUUGUUUAAGUUUCUGGGGGGGUUUUUUGUUGUUUUUUUUUUUUUUUUAAUCAAGACCAUUGUUUCAUGUUAAUGCAGCUGCUGAGAAGUUUUGGGGGUUUUUGGAUUUUUUUUUUUUCUUUAAAUGACUGAGAAAACUUGUUUACAGCUCCAGCAUAUAAGGAAAGUGUUCAAGGCCAGAUAUGCCUCAGAUAUUUAACCAGUAAGCCUUAGUUGUACAUAAAUACUUUUGUGUCAACAAAAACUUUCAGCUCUCACAGAAGACAGUUAUUCAACAUUUUUCCAUGUGCCACGUUUCCAGUUUUUUAAUAUUUAAUUUUUUUGCUUUACUCUAAGUUUGGGUUUGUAUUUUUUCCUUCUAACUCUUCAUGUGGCAGAGUCUUCUAUGUUUUCCCAGCUUUCUUAUUCAUGGAAGAGAAUAUUUGCCCUUCUGAGAUUAUUGUCAUGUGUUAGGCUAAUGUGUUGUCUCCCACCUGGAACUGAAUUGCUUGGUGGAACAUUUGCUUUCACUGUUUGUGCAAUAUUCAUUUAUUUCUUAUAUGAAUGCUUUAAGUCAGUUGAGAUUAGAUCUUUUAAGUUCUAUUUUCUGCCUUCUAUUGGUCACUUUUUGUUUUUGUUUUUUAUUGUAGUAUGUUAGAUUCUGUAAUCUUCACAUUCAUUUUAGCAGGUACUGAGUGAUGCUGUAAAUAUAAAUAAGUGUAUUGUUUUGAUUUUUAGAACACCACAUGGCAUGCUUGACUAUUUUCUUAAUUUCAGAUGUCUGUUAAUGCAAAGUAGGCUACUCCAUGGUAGUGUUAAAAACAAAAUGUGCUAACAAUGUGGUAUAAAGACUUUAAAAGUUAAAUACAUUAUGUGGAGCCCUAUCUUUACAGAAAUUUUCUACUGUAAAGUGCUUUUAUUUUUAUUUUCAGUUUUCAUUUGCUAGUAUUCAACUAUAAUUAAAAUUGCGUAAGAUAAUUGCUUCACAUUUCACAUACCUAUAUUUAUCUGAGUGCUGUCUAAAACUGUUGUGCUAGCCAAAGUAAUGCUAUGAAAUCAUUUGUAGAAUUAACCCGUGAGUUCAUGUUAAAUGCACUGUUUUUGCCAUGUGAAGAGGCAUUGACUUUAAUACCACCAUCAUGUUCAGACCAUUUUAUACAUUUCAGUGGCCUUUUUCUAGGGGAAAAAAACAAAACAAAACCAACUACAUAGUGAAGAUGGCUUUUAUUUGGACAAAUAGCUUUUAUAUUUUCAUUAAAUCAUGCAAAAAUAUUACAUCUUUCUGGCACAUAACUGUCUCUUUAACCACUGAACAGUUCAGCCAUUUGAAUAAAUUGUACAUUGUAAAGCUUAUUGUAGCUGAUUGUAUUAUUGAGUGUAUUGUAUACUAUAUUAAAUGUGAAUUUGUACCUCUUCAUUUUAAAAGGUCAUUGUGUUCUACUGCCUAUUUUAGAUUACUUUGGGGUUGGGGAAGGGUAUUUUGGUAAGCAGGAUUUCAAGUCCUCUCUCUUGAUGGUUUUAUGAAGAUAUAAGGUUAUGCUCUUACUACCAAGCUCAGGAUUCUUGAUUUUAAAGGUACAAGGAUAGUUGUGGAAUUUUAUUUUUGGUUAUAUUUGAACUGUAUGAAUGGUGGGUCUGAAUAUAGAGAAUUUUCAUGGUCAUGGUCUAAUGUGGAGGUAAAAUAUACAGUAAUUGAUCAGUUUGAGUGACUGCAACAUGUUCUGGUUGCACAACAGUUAGGCAUGCUAUGGUUUAUAUUUGUGAAGUUUGGAUGCCUGUGAAGAAUGAUUAAAUACAUGUUUCUAAUAUUUUAGUGUUUUGUAUUUAGGUUAUUUAUUCUUUGUAUCUAAAAUUGAACAGCUACUGUGCUAUAUUGAUUUUAUUGGUAGUAUUGAGCAGACCUUGUUUCUGCAUGAAACUAGUUGCAAAACUCACUAUUUUGGAAAUAAAAAAAUGUAUUUUGACAUAUACAAAUAAAAUGAAUAAAACUA